UGGGGCGCGGAGGCGAUGGGCAGCAAGGAGGUUCUGGGCCAGGCGGCUCGGCUUGCCUCCUCUGGUCUCCUCCUGCAGGUUUUGUUUCGAUUGAUUACCUUUGUCUUGAAUGCAUUUAUUCUUCGCUUCCUGUCAAAGGAAAUCGUUGGCAUAGUGAAUGUGAGGCUAACACUGCUUUACUCAACAACUGUCUUUCUGGCCAGAGAGGCCUUUCGCAGAGCAUGUCUGAGUGGGAGCAACCAGCGAGACUGGAACCAGACCCUCAACCUCCUGUGGCUAACAGUCCCCCUGGGUGUGUUUUGGUCCUUGCUCCUGGGCUGGGUCUGGUUGCGGUUGCUCCAAGUGCCUGACCCUAAUGUCGUCCCGCACUAUGGAGCUGGAGUGGUGCUGUUUGGGCUCUCGGCAGUGGUGGAGCUUCUCGGGGAGCCCUUUUGGGUCUUGGCACAAGCACAUAUGUUUGUCAAGCUUAAGGUCAUUGCUGAGAGCCUGUCGGUAAUCCUCAAGGGCAUCCUGAUAGCCUUUCUAGUGCUGUGGCUUCCUCACUGGGGCCUGUACAUUUUCUCUUUGGCCCAGCUUUUCUAUACCACAUUUCUGGUGCUCUGCUAUGUUAUUCAUUUCACAAAGUUACUGGGUUCCCCAGAAUCAACCAAGCAACAAACUCUUCCUGUCUCCAGAAUGACAGAUCUGUUACCCAAUAUUACAAGAAGUGGAGCUUUUGUAAAUUGGAAAGAGGCUAAAUUGACUUGGAGUUUUUUCAAACAGUCUUUCUUGAAACAAAUUUUGACAGAAGGUGAGCGAUAUGUAAUGACAUUUUUGAACGUGUUAAAUUUUGGUGAUCAGGGUGUGUAUGAUAUAGUGAAUAAUCUUGGCUCCCUUGUGGCCAGAUUAAUUUUCCAGCCAAUAGAGGAAAGUUUUUAUAUAUUCUUUGCUAAGGUGCUGGAGAGGGAAAAGGAUGCCUCACUUCAGAAGCAGGAGGAUGUUGCUGUGGCUGCUGUGGUUUUGGAGUCCCUACUCAAGCUGGCCCUGCUGGCUGGCCUAAUCAUCACUGUUUUUGGCUUUGCUUAUGCUCAGCUGGCUUUGGAUAUCUAUGGAGGGGCCAUGCUUAGUGCAGGAUCAGGUCCCGUUUUGCUGCGUUCCUAUUGUCUCUACGUCCUCCUGCUUGCCAUCAAUGGAGUGACUGAGUGUUUCACAUUUGCUGCCAUGAACAAAGAAGAGGUUGACAGAUACAAUUUCACGAUGCUGGCCCUGUCAUCCUCAUUCUUGGUGUUCUCUUAUCUUCUGACCCGCUGGUGUGGCAGCGUGGGCUUCAUCUUUGCCAACUGCUUUAACAUGAGCAUUCGGAUCACACAGAGCCUUCGUUUUAUCCACCACUACUACCGAGAGAGCCCCUACAGGCCCCUGGCUGGCCUGCACCUGUCGCCGGUCGUCCUCGGAGCAUUUGCCCUCAGUGCUGGAAUUACAGGUGUUUCGGAGGUGUUCCUCUGCUGUGAUCAGGGCUGGCCAGCCAGACUGGCACACAUUGUCGUGGGGGCCUUCUGUUUGGGAGUGACUGUUGGGACUGCUCUCCUCACAGAGACUAAGCUCGUCUACUUUCUCAGGACUCAGUUAGGUGUGUCUAGACUCACCAACAAAAUGUCGUGACCUGGGAACACAUCGACAUAUGUGGUGCCUGGACAAGUUGCAGGGCGGUUUUGUGGAUGGGACAUAUUUCCUGCACUGAAGAGCCCUGCAGUGGAGUGGGACCUGCCCAGCCAGGUGAGAUGUCAGGGAGAACACUGGAUAAAACCCUUACUGUCCAUUUGAAGUCUUUAAUACAUGAGGAUUCUCAUUUUUUAAAAUGGAGACCAAAGAGUCCUUUUAAAAGAGAUACAAUUUUUUUCAUCAUUUUGUUCUAAUUGGAAUUUUUCUAUUUUGUUAAUGUAUUCCUUUUGGAUGUGAUUAACCUUUGGAGGUACAUGCUCCAACAAACUAUCUUGGUUGUUAUUAGUUAAUAAUCACUUGGCCAGAAAAAAGAGAUGUAGCUAUUUUACCCUCCAAACAAAUAUUUAAUUUAUUCCUUAAAAGAAGGAAGGAGACCUGAUGUUACACACAGAACAAGAACAAAGAAUGGCCCUCAAGUUGUGGCUUUCUCUGUGUCAACUCUGUGGUCUGGGUUUUUAGAGAAGGAGAAUGUUACUCAGUGAGAAAUAGAAGAAAUAAAAAAUGACAUUUUUCAGAUCACAUUUGCCAAAGUUAGCUGGGGAGAAUCACACCUUUCUUGUUAACUGCCAUAUCUCCCAGCAGCACAUGCCUUACCCUGGGUGGGCCCUCAUUAUUUGUCCAUUUGGUGAAAACUGGUUGAAGACCCCUGGCCUGGCCACCCAAAAGAGGGGAGUUUUGAAGGACAUUGUAACCCAGUGUAAGAUACUUUGUCCCCUGCAGGGAAUACUGCUUUGCAGCUGACUGUAACUUCCCACGUGGAAAUUGCACAGAUGACCAUUAACGUUGAAUGCAUGUAUUUUUCUCCUUGCAUGAAAUAGUCACAUUUUGUAUGGCAAGUAUCACUGAGUCAUGCACCACCCACUGACCCAUUACUUCAAGCACUGGUCAGUAUAACUGAACUCCAGCCCCAGGACAAGAGUAGCAGGCCUGGGGUUCUGGUCCUCCAGGCCAUGAUGUGAACCCAGGCUAAGCUUUACCUCCCUGCAUCCUGCAUCCUCCAUGUGAGAUCACCAAGCAUGUUCCAGGGCGGUAAAGUGUUCUUUUUUUUUUAAAUGUAUUAAUUCCUUUUGACUGUGAUUAGCUACAAAUUGUAUCUUGGAUAUUAAUAGUUAAUGAUCAUAUGGCUCCAAUGUCCCUAAACCUUCCAAGUUUACACUCAGAGAGCAGGUUGUUCACCUGGGGCAGUAAGGGCAAAUUGUUCCAUACAGUGGUUUGCCUAAAAUGCAUUCAUUUAAAUCCGAUAGCCUGGAGCCAGUGCUAAGGGGCCAAAGAGACCCCUCAGCACACCAAGACACUGGGACCUAGUCACCCUCACACAUGUUUAUCUAUUCAAAGGGAGAAUACUGUGCACUAUUUUGGGGGAAAGUAGCUAAAUGCAAGGAGUCAUUGAGCAAUCUGAGGCCCUCUAAAAGCAUGGUCUUGGUCAUGCUUUUAUUGGGCAAGUCACAUUGGCUGAGAAAAAUUGAUUACCCCAUGGAGUAGGGUGGGUGGCACACAUAGAAAGCAGCCCUCUGUCCCUCCCGUGUCCUUUUUUAGUCCCCUGAGUACACAGAAAUAGGCCUUCAGCCUUCACGAGCUUCCCCUCUGGUGCUGCUGACCUCCCUACCCCUCCUCCAGAAUCCUGCCACCCACCCCAAGCCCACUUGACUCCAGACUCAAAAUGUGUCCUCAGACCACUUGCCUCAGAGUCACCUGGAUUGUGGGUUGGAAACUGAGAUUCCCAGGACCCACUCCAGAUCUUGGGAGUCUUCGUCUCUGGGGGCAGUGGCUCUGGGAUCAGCGUUUUUGGCAAGCUUUGUGACCAUGAUGCUACCACGUUUGGAGAACCACUGUCACACCCUGUCGUCAUCUGCUGUGUCAGGGCCCACAGUGUCCAUUCUCUGCUUCAGGAAGAGAGCUGCUGUUGCAGGAGCAGCAUUGCUGACUGCAGUAGGUUGAGGUAUGUACCCCAGAAAAAAAUAUGUUCUUAAGCUUAUUCCAUUCCUGUGCACGUGAACCCAUUGUAAACAGAACCUUUUGAAGAUGUUUAGUUAAGGUGUGGCCGAAUUGAAUGGGGUUUGGCAUUAAUCCAAUUACUGGAGGAUUUAUGAAGACAAAGCCACAUGGAAGAGGAGUAGCUGGAAGUUAACUGAAAGGAGUCAGUAAAAAGGAGAAGAUUCUACCUUGUGCAUUGCCAUGUGAUGGAAAAGCCAAGGACCCAAGGAUCUCUGGCAUCCAGCCCCAGAAUGCCACAGUCUUUGGGGAAAAAGCAUUUCCUCGCUGAUGCCUCAACUUUGGACUUCUAACCUCAAAAUUGUGAGCCAAUAAAUUCCCACUAUUUAAGCCAACCCACUGGUUGGUAUUUACUUUAUCAGCUGGGAAACUAAGACACUGUCUUUGGAGGCUUUUUGGGAACAGAGUCACCAAGGUUCCUGUUCUCAAGGGUGUUGAGGCUCUGUCUGACAGUGCAUACUCCUUCUCUCAUCUCCUCCCUGUCCGUUCACCUGGUGCUGUUGUCUGCGUGGGGCUGCUGCAGUCAGGGCCAGCUCCUUUUCAACUUUGACAGCCAGCUGUGAUGGCAGCCCAGGGCUUCUUCCUGUGUCCUACUUCCCUGUUUAUAGGAAGAGGAAUUCCCAUGGCCAAGUUUCUUUGGGAAGUGGAUGUUUUCCCAUUACUAGCAUCUCCCUCCUGUGCUGCCGGCGCUUCAGCUGCAGGCCCUUUCUGGUUCUCCACAGAGGCUCUGACUCUGCCUCCUGGCCCCCUCCCUGAGGCUCAGUUAACUGGACCCGACCAGCCCCCGUGUUCUUUCCUCUGUUGGUCCCCCUGGAGCCAAACUUGUUGCCUUGGGGUACUUGCAUGCAUUUGUACCAGGCUACCUCACUUUACUCAAGAAGAAUUUGGGGGGAAAUCAUGCUUUUGGCUUCAAACACCACUUAAAAUAUAGUGGGACUACUUCCCCAUGGAAAUAAAUCUCUGAGGCACCUCCUUUUAUGAAGGGAAGAAGCUCCUGAUGGUGAGAAGAACAGUAUUGCUGGCUUUCUCGGCUCCUCUGGCCACCAGUAAGUGUUGGUGACUUCAGAUGUGGCCUCUUGGGUUCUACUGAAUGCUUAAUCGUGACUCCUGCUCUGCAGAUGCAGUCUACUCUGUCCUGUUCCUGCCACUUACCAACUUAAUUUAAGCAAGACACUUCCUCCUAUCUUUUUUCCUUUAAUCAUAUAUUCAUGUUACUAGUUUUCAUGUCAGUUCCAUGGUUUAUAAAUGAAUAAAUUAUUUUCUUCACAUUUUUGUAAAGGUCUUUCUUCUUUUAUACCCCUCUUCCCCCCAAAAUGGAAAAAAAGUAUUCUUAUUGGUAAGGGGAGGUGGACAGUUUUAUUCCCCAUCUGAAACAUUUCUCCCCUUGUUGGUGUUGUUCCCGGGGCUGUGGUUACUGACACUGAGGGGCCAGCUCCCUGGUCUCCGUGUGGAGCCUUCUAUUUCUGAGAUUGAAAGGCCUGGCAUUUUACUUGCUCCUGUCUCCUUCCUACCCUAAGUAUCAUUCCCACUGUUUAUUGCACUUUUCUCUCCCUUGGCUUUUCUUUGUGGCCUUGGUCCUCCUCUUGGUCAUUUUUAAAUUAAGCAAUUAUUCUUUGACAGGCUAGUUUCAGGGGUGGGUCAGGAAAGGGUGAUUUUAGGGAUCCAGGACAAUCUGGCCACCCUUCUAUCUUCUUUAAUCAUGUCUCUGAAUUUCCUGUCACUGAGAUCAAAGGCUGUUAUUCCAUAUUGGGGAGGAGACUAGAAAUUCAGAUCCACCAGAGAAGGACUGACUCAUUCACACUAAGAUGUAAAAUAACCCCAUUGAGGAUUCUUUCCUGGCAGCUUUUGAUGUUGAAGAAGAGACAGGAGCUGGGAGCUUCCAGGAUCUGAAGUGGGGGAGAGGGGCUCAGGUGAGAGGCGAGACAGGCCCCCAAAGGUGGGAGGCCCUGAGUGCUGCCCUGUGGACUGUGGGAUGGAUGGAAUUCAGUUGUAGCCUCAGAAGUCAGGAGAGAACUUGUACCCCUGACUGGUGUAGGAAGAACCAAAACUGAAAAUGGGGCAAAAGAGCAAGAUCAGAGGAAACCUUUCGUGAACCUACAAAACCCUGGCCAUAGCAGAGGCUGAGAAGGUGAUCCUUCAGGCUUGGUGGCAGAGUGGGGAGGGUGAGCACGGGCUUGAUAACCUCUGGGAGCUGGCUCUCAGGCUCUGGUGCUGCUUGCACAAAGUUCUCAGUGCCCCUGAGGAAGAAGUCUGGAAAGCAAACUGAAAGCCAGGAGGCCUGUGGAGCCUGUCAGAAAGGAUGCAAUUUGGGGAGAAAAUGAGCUGAGGCCUAAGUGUCAGAAUUUCUUGAAGACAGUGAAACACAGAGAAGAAAGUACAACAGAACUGGAAAACUGGUCUGAAAUAUCACUUAUUAGCUCAAUAUUCCAAUGAGUAUCCAGGAAGUGGCUGAGACUCAUGUAUUUAGUCUGGAAAUGAGACUUCUGAGCCAGUCAGAUGCAGAAGAAAAACUGUUUACUCUUAUUUAACUGUACCUAAGUGAAUUAGCCCUUAAUGUUGGAAAUAUUUCAUUUGCUAAUUAACUUCUAAGAGUAGCCGAAAGUGGUUUUAUUUGAAGAAUUUGGGAAGAGAGAGGACUUAGUAUUGAUUUGCAUCAUCAGUCUUGUCUUAGUUUGCUAAUGCUGCAGAAUGCAAAACACCAGAGAUGGACAGGCUUUUAUAAAACGGGGGUUUAUUUCACUACACAGUUA